AUGGAUUCGCAACAGGCCCAAGGCUCACGCAGCCCGUCAGAAUCUUCCGUGUCACUUCCUCUCGGUCGACGCCGGUCCUUCAGCUCGAUGGCAACGACUCAAACCGACCGAGAAUCGAUGAACACAGCUCUCGAUCAUAUACACAAUACAGCUUAUCAGUCUGAAUCACUCACUCUGUUCGAGGAAUUUACCAGCCCUCCGCUACCGUCUUCUGCAUCUGACGAGAAAGGGCUGUCCGAAGAGCUGCAAGGUGGACUAAGCGGUCUAUACAGCCGGUUUAGGACUUCCGUGGGUGGAGUGAGGGAUAUUGUCAGCGGUGGGAAGCCUACAGACAAGAUCGUAGCCGAGUCAUCCGCAGCCAGGAGUCCUGCAUCGGAGCGUUCGCUGGUCAAACCUGCCUCAGACCCAGCCAGUAGCUCGGCUGAUCACCUAUCGUCACAGCCCGCCUCUUUGCAAGGAUCAAGGCUUCAGUCGCCUGUCAUAGCGACUUUCCAGUCCCAGCAGGAUCCAUUGCCCUCGACAGCAACGGGAAGAAGAUCAAGGAUAUCCUCAAAGAGUGGCAGCGUAUCUUCCAAGACAUCCAUUCCACCGUCCCCGGGGAUCAAGCCUGGUAUUGCACCUUUGACCAAAGCGACCGGAGCUGCCGUUGCUACAGAGCCAGCUAUCAUCCAGCGCCAUGCAAAUGUCAUGGGUGAGCCAUAUCACUCACGAAGUAGCUCCGUUAAUGUCCCAUUUCAAGCUCCAUUCCCAGGACUCCACAGUGCAGAAUCCACAAGCAUCGGCAGCAAGGAUGGCCCUGUGGAUCUUUCUUUGAGUCAAACUUCCUCGUUGCUGAGCCAGAAUCUUUCCAAUUCGCCGGUGCUAUCGGGGAAGAUGCAUGACAGCCAUGAGGACCAAUGCCAAUCAAAUCCCAAAGAGUUACAUGUUUCGGCCACCCACACACCAGACAACCAGUCUCGAAAAUCAGUAUCUACCGAUCCACAAAGACCGUCUGAAAACGUAUCGCAAAAUGCAACACUCAGAAAUAGUAAGCAGGCUGAGCCAAUUCAGGACCACGUGUUUCAGCGCUUGGGAGAUAGAUCGAACUCACGAACAUCUUCGCGCUAUGACGAGCCGCGAGCUUCAAUAUCUGCCUCCGCCAGUAUUUCAAAACUUUCUUCCCGUGAUGAUUCGGCAUAUCAGCCGGAUAAGACUUCUACCAAAGCGGCGCCUGUCUCUCGCGAGGGCACAGAAGCCAAUGAGCCGCCCAAGAUCAUUGUCCCCGAUCAGUCUAGUGAUAAAAAGGUCCCAGCCCGAUCUGGUCGACUACCUGGCUAUGAUAUGUCACGAACUUCCACGGCAGGGACUGUGACCACAAUCUCCUCUUUACCUCCACUGAAAACGAAGAUCGAUCAGGUCACCAAUAGGCCCCCGCAACCUAGACGUCAACUGACCGCCGGUGGCGAUGGUGUUUUGUCUCAGUUGAGAAACAAAUUGCUCAGCAAGGACUUCUGGAUGCGGGACGAAAACGCCAAGGACUGCUUCCACUGUAGCGAUCCUUUUACCACAUUUCGCCGAAAACACCAUUGUCGAACCUGUGGUCAAAUAUUUGAUUCAAAAUGUACUUUGCUCAUUUCGGGAGCGCGAUUUGGUCAACCUGGAAGCAUUCGAGUCUGCAAACCUUGCGAGAAAAUGAUAAAUGCCCAUGAUGACGAUUCUUCUGAGUUCUCAGAUAGUGAGCAAAGCCCCAUAGCUGCCAAUCCGCGUGUUGCUGAACUCGGCUGGGGCAACAACACGAGAGCAUCCGCAGAUGACGAUGAUACAUCCUCUAUCAUCUCCCAAUCGAUUGAUCAUGUUCUCAGAACCCCAACAAUGGCCAUACCGGCCACGCGGCGCGCUGGUGAGGGUCAUAAUCGCCGCUCGGCGGUUCUAGAAAUCAACCCUGAUCGCCCGUUGGCACGACCUACUUCUUCGCGAUCGCUGCGAUCCUCACUCGGUGCAAGACCACAUUCUAUGAGUCACAAGCGACAUCAUUCUCGCCAGCAGUAUAUCCGAGGCUUCAAAACACACGAAGACCGAGCCCCUUUUCAACGCCGACAUGCAGAUGACUCCGGCUUUGAAUCACGGCUACCUGCCUUUCACAAAGACAAUAUCAUUGAUCCAGAUCUGGCACAAUAUCUUUCUGACGAUGCGUCAAGUGGUGACGAACAACCUAGCCUUCUCUCUGCAGUUUCUGAGGGCGUCCUAUCUAAAAGUGGAGGCGACGGUGAGAGAGCCUCUUUAGGCGGGCUGCUAGCCUCACUGAAAAAGGGCAGAUCUGCUUUCGGAGACAGGAGUACUCCUAGCAUGAAUAGAGACCCCGAUGAAACAAGUAUCACUAGCUCCAGAGCUGUGAAUCUACCUCGUUCGUCUCGUCGCCGGAAUAUGAGCGUGGCAAGCAGUAUGCACCGCAAUUCACCCAGGACAUCAAAAGACAUACUUCAAGACGUCUCCUUGCCACCGGCUUUGCCACUCAAGCUCAACCAUGUUGGGUUUAAGAUGACCCGGAGCUCCUCAAUGAGAGGACACGGAGCACCGCCAGUUGAACUGAACCGAGCGAGUCUAGAGCAUGUACGAAAGCUUCUCCAUCAACUUCUUGUGGAGUCCGCGAUCCCUGGCGGUGAUAGUUGGGCGAAUGCCCUGAUACCAAUAUUGUUGAAGGCCGCAGAUGAAGUCGACCCAGAUGUACAACGAGGAGAUGAUAUGGAUAUUCGUCACUACGUCAAAUUGAAAAAGAUUCCUGGUGGUCGGCCUGGGGAUACUGCCUAUGUCUCCGGUCUCGUCUUUACCAAAAACUUGGCUUUGAAAAGCAUGAAAAGAAGCAUUCCACGUCCAAAUAUCUUGAUCAUCACCUUCCCUCUCGAAUAUGCUCGUCAGCAACAACACUUCAUGAGCCUCGAGCCUCUUAUCAGGCAAGAACGUGAAUUCUUGGAGAACUUGGCCAGUCGAAUUGCCGCAUUACACCCAAAUUUGCUUUUAGUCGAAAAGAACGUUUCUGGCCUGGCACUUGAACUCCUUGAGAAAGCCGGUAUUGCAACUGCCUACAAUGUGAAGCCAUCUGUUCUGGAGGCAGUAUCGAGAUGUACACAGACAAGAAUUGUCACAUCUAUGGAUAAGCUGUUGACAACAACUUUGCAUAGUGAUUGCAGCAGCUUCGAUGUGAAGACUUAUGUCCACAGCGGUCGGAAGAAAACUUACAUGUAUAUCUCUGGCUGCCCGAAAGAGCUCGGCUGCACCAUUGUCCUACGUGGUGGCGAUGACGAAGUUCUCGGGAGAGUGAAAAAGAUCACUGAGUUCAUGAUUUAUGUUGUCUACAAUCUUCGAUUAGAAACAUCCGUCAUGCGAGAUGAAUUCGCACAGAUACCAACCUCGCCGACAGAAGAGCAGGUGAUCGCUGAAAAGGACAAGAAAGCCACAUCUCAAGCUAACAAGGAGAGUGAAACUCAACACGUAACCGGUGAAAAAAGUGUUGAUGCCUCCGACAGCCAAAUUCUUGUGGCAUCUGAUGCUACGAAUGUCCCAGACGAUAUUCCAAUGCCGACUUAUUAUGACGAUAUGGUUCAUGAUCACCAGACUAAGAUUCUCUCUGCCUCGCCUUUUGUCAAAUUUGAACCUCCGUAUCUUCUGAUGCGUACACGAGAAAUGGAACGCAGACUUGCCUAUCUGAAAUGUCUUCGUGAUCAAGAUGGGAACUCUGAUGAACUCACAGAUGAAAAGGCUAAGCCACAAAAGUUCGUUCUCAUCACCCCGGAAAUGGUUCAUCAAUCACCGCAAGAUGCCCCAGCAAAGGUCAAGGAAGUGCUGCGUGCUGCUCAUGACGCGGAGUAUGAUCGAGCGCUGUACCAUUAUCAAACUCAAAAGCGCCAGUGGGAGGCUUACGUUGCAGGGAACGCCAACAUGUUUGACCCCUAUUCACACCAGAACCUUGUCGUUCUCUACAGCCUCGUUUGCACUACAACAUCAGUGCCUUGCUCUGGGCCAGACGUCUUUGCUCUAGAGUUCUAUAAUGAACAUGGCGAUGACGUUAUCUUCGAGUCCGACCUCACAAUUGGUCAAUAUGUUGAAGACCUCUGUCACUCAGCCAAUGCAGUUUGUACCGUCAAUGGCUGCGAGAAACGCAUGUUUGAACACCAUCGUCAAUAUGUUCAUGGUGAUGCGCAAAUCAGUGUUCUGGUACAACCAUACCCAUCUAAGCUGCGUGGUCUUCAGGACAUCGUGUUAAUGUGGAGUUGUUGCAAGAUCUGCGGCAAUGAAACUCAAGUGACCCCAAUGUCAGACAGCACGUGGAAGUACUCAUUUGGAAAAUACCUAGAGUUAUCCUUUUGGGGCAGAAAUUUGCAUGCUCGAGCUGGGGUCUGCCCUCACGAUCUGCAACGGGAUCACAUUCGCUAUUUUGGAUUCAAAGAUGUUGCUCUGCGAGUACAGUAUGAUCCAAUUCGUCUUCUUGAAAUCAUCGUUCCUCGCCCUCGUGUUACUUGGAAAGUGGACAAUGACUUAAAGCUAAGAAACGAAGUCUAUACACGUACAGAGCAGCGCAUCAAAUGCUUCAUGACAUCUGUGAAUUCUCGCUUGAAGGGCAUCAAUGUCGACAGUGUUGUUCCUGAGUUGGUAGACAGUUGCAAGUUGGAGAUUGAAUCAUUGAUCAAGAAGGGCCAUGAAGAUUUCAACACCUUGAUCUGGCAUCUGCAAGACAAAUACACAUGUUCUCGCUACUGGGAGAUUAUACCACUGAAUGAGGUGCUUCGUGCGGUGCAAGAAAAGGUUGUUGAAUGGGACACCACCUUUGCUGAUUUUGAGAAGAACUUCUUCCCCUCUGAGAAGGAUAUUAAGCACAUGGCAACGCUGCAGCUCAAAAAAAUUUUCCUUGACAAGGAUGCCACAUCAGUCUCUCCAGAGGAUUCUUUGCAAGCUCCAGCCGAUGCAGAUGAUGAAAACGACGAGGAGUUGGACAGGCCACGCAUGAUGAGGCGCAUGACUCUUUCUCCAGAAAAAGCACAAAAUGUUCUGGUCUCAGUUGUUGAAGAACACGCGGGUAAAAAACACCGCGAAGUUGAGCCACCUUCUCGUCCAGAAUCAACCGAAGAGACUCUCGAAGAGAGAGUCUCGGUCGAUGCAACCGAUAGGAAAAGACCAUCCCAAGAUGAAGCUGUGUCGCAAGAAGAAGUUCGCCAUUUGGACUUGGCCAUUCCUUCGGGUCAAUUAGAGCGUGGUCCAGCCAAUACCAAUUUCAGUUCGAACCAACCACUGCCAGACCCCGAUUUCCCGGCAAUGGACUCUACUGAUGGAUCAUCGGAUUCUGUAUCACCAAAAACGCCUGUUUUCCCCAAAGAAGUGGAAGAUAGCGAAACCACCCUCCCAAGUACCCCAAUACGCCGACCUUCGGCAAUCCCUCGUCCUACCGACGCAUCGUUUCGGCGCUCUGGUAAGGCACGAUCUCCUCCUCUCCUGCGUGCUCAAUCCCAGCCAGCGAACAUUCCGAGGGACAGGGCUAUCAGCAGCAUUGCACUUCCAGUUUUGAAAAUGUCAACCACCAACCCAGUUGAGCUUGAUAAAUCUGGAGGCGAAUCCCCCAAGUCAGACAAGAAGCUGAGCGAACGUUUGGGCCUCAGUGCCCUCAAAAAUGCUCGCUUUGCUUCAGGCCACUCCCUUAUCCCACGAUCUACUCCUGGAAAAAGGGGAAGCUCGCGGGUCUCCAAUCUUGCAAGACAUUUCGAACAGUUGAGUCGCGAAUUCGAGAAAGAAAGACAGCGCGAGAGGCGCCAACGAGCUGCCCGAGGAACUUACUCACGUGCAUUCCCAUUGGCGUCUUCGAAGCCCAUUGUGGAAGUCUACCGAAAUGUAAGAGAGGCGGUGGAAGAACGCGAACCUCCAGUUGACGGCGAAGAAUCUCCGCCCUCUGCGACACGGGUCCCGAUGGAUAACUCAAGUCGUAAAUGUGAUGAAGUCACCAAUGAGACAUCGCGUGAACAGCACUAUCAACACCCUUUGCCAUAUUCCUCACCCACUGAGCCUACCGAAACGGAGGCGGAUCAUCAUCCCGAGGCCCACCUGUUCUCUGAUGCAGAAGUAGACGAAGGUCAAAGUGAUGACGAUCGAACCAUGACUGAGGAUCUUCAUCCAGUGGAUUCGCAUGAAGAAACUAAGAACUCGGCGGAAGACGAGUCAAUGGAUUUCAAGGAUAUGCCCAAGCAUGAGCGUACUACCCUGUUGAAGAUGCUAACAAACUUCUGGUCUGAGCGCUCUGCAAGUGGAUGGGCGUCCCUUGAUUAUCCCCUCAGUGUUAUGGAUCACGUUUUCGCCGAUUGUGAUAUCAUUGUGCGCGAGGAUGAGCCAAGCUCUCUGGUAGCAUUUGCGUUGGACUCGUCUGAUUACAAAGAAAAGCUCUCAACCAUUCAGCAGCGGUACGACGAGAUGGAGGAAGAUCAGCCAGAGCCUAAGGGUGAUAUUGAAGCCAUGGAUGAAGCCCGUGUCGAGCAUGCUCUCUUGCGACCAACGGGCACACAUCUCAAGUAUCAGUUCCAAGAAGGCCAAGCCAAGAUGCUUUGCAAGGUUUUCUAUGCGGAGCAAUUUGAUGCACUGCGUAAAAAGUGUGGCGUGGCAGAUCGGAUAGUCGAGUCCUUGUCCCGUUGUGCGAAAUGGGACUCGAAGGGCGGCAAGACCAAGUCGUUAUUCUUGAAGACUCUUGACGAUCGCUUCAUUCUCAAAUCCCUUUCGCCAAUCGAAACACAGGCUUUCCUCAAGUUUGCUCCUGCAUACUUCCAAAUUAUGUCCGAGGCGUUGUUCCAUGAACUGCCAUCUGCGAUCGCCAAGAUGUUUGGCUUCUACCAAGUCAUCAUCAAGAACCCGGUCACUGGAACCGAAUUCAACUGGUAUUUGCUUCUGAUGGAGAACUUGUUCUACGAUCGCGUUCCUACCCGCAUCUUCGAUCUCAAGGGCUCCAUGCGAAACCGCAAAGUGCAAAGCACCGGGGAGCGGGAUGAGGUCCUUUUGGACGAGAACAUGGUCGAUUUCAUCUAUGAAACACCUCUUUUCGCCCGAGAACAUUCGAAGAAACUCCUCGGCCAAAGUGUAUGGAACGACACUCUCUUCCUUGGUCGCCAAGAUGUCAUGGACUACUCGCUCAUGGUUGCCAUUGAUGAAAGCCGUGACGAGUUGGUGGUCGGAAUCAUCGACUGCAUCCGUACCUACACCUGGGACAAAAAGCUGGAGUCCUGGAUCAAGGAUAAGGGAUUCGGUGGUGGUGGCCGCAACAGACCAACCGUCACCAGUCCCAGGGAAUACAAGGGUCGUUUCCGGGAGGCGAUGGCCAGAUACGUGCUCCAAGCCCCAAGCUGCUGGCAUCAAUUACAGCCAAAUUUAAUGCAUCGAUACGCACAGGGCGAGAACCACGCAACCGAAAUCGAGGUGGAUGACGGCUUCCUGGAGGAUCCCAACUUCUAA